CUUCCCAUCUCUGCCUGGAACCACUGCUGGCAAAGACUUUGUUAGAACCACCCACCCCUGAAAUGGUUCUCUUUGUGGAGCUGGUCCCCGUCUUCCUAACCAUAAUGAGCUUCCUGAAUCCCCAGGGAGUAGGGGCCAUCAAGGCCGACCACAUGGGCUCCUACGGACCCGCCUUCUACCAGUCUUACGACGCUUCCGGACAGUUCACACACGAAUUCGACGGGGAACAAAUUUUCUCCGUGGAUCUGAAGAGCGAGGAGGUCGUGUGGCGUCUGCCUGAGUUUGGAGACUUCGCACACUCGGACUUUCAGAGUGGGCUGAUGAGCAUCUCCAUGAUCAGAGAUCAUCUGGACGUCUUGGUGCAACGCUCCAACCGAACCAGAGCCGUCAGUGAGCCUCCCAGGGUGACGGUAAUUCCCAAGUCUCGUGUGGAGCUGGGAAAGCCCAAUGUCCUCAUCUGCAUCGUGGAUGACAUCUUCCCGCCGGUGAUCAGUGUCACCUGGCUGCGCAACAGCCAGCCCAUCACUAAGGGAGUGGCCCAGACCAGCUUCUACUCCCAGCCUAACCACAGGUUCCGGAAGUUCCACUACCUGACCUUCGUGCCCUCCGCGGAGGAUGUGUAUGACUGCAAGGUGGAGCACUGGGGCCUGGACGCGCCGCUCCUCCAGCACUGGGAGCCCCAGGUGCUUACCCCACCACCGGACACCGUAGAGACCCUGAUCUGUGGCCUGGGCCUGGCUCUUGGCUUUAUGGGCUGCCUCCUGGGCACCGUGCUGAUAAUCACAGGCACGCGCAAGUCCAGUAUCCGCAGGUAACGUCUCUUCUGAGAAACCCAUGAGAGAUGAUUCCUGGCGGACUUCUGGAAACUUCUGCGUGCUCAGCGGCAUCCUAUUACAGCGUUGACCUCGAGUGGCCUCAACCUCAGUUCUACAAGUCCCUCGUUUUCUGGUCACCGAAUCCCAGUAGAACUUUGUGGGCACCCCCGGGGCACUCACAGCUCCCGUACCAUCCACACCUCUGGCAGCCGCACUAAAAUUCUCUUAAAGAGUG